AUGCCUGUCCUGGGGUGGUUUCAUCUCGACGGACCUUCAUGGGAAGUCGAAACUGGACGAAGAGAUGGAAGUGUGUCGAAUAUUACAGAGGCCUUGACAAACCUUCUGCCACCAGGCUCGAAUAUAACUCAAUUGAUAUCAGGAUUUCAGCAAAAGGGUCUAAGCGUAAAAGAUUUAGUGGUUCUAUCGGGUGGACAUACCGUUGGGACUUCUCACUGCUCAGCCUUCACCAGUCGGCUUUACAACUUUACUGGAAACGGCGAUACUGAUCCUUCAUUAGAUCCCAACUACAUUGCUCGGUUGAAGAUCAAAUGCCCGCAAGGAGAUCAAAAUACUCUAGUAGAGAUGGACCCUGGAAGCUUCAGGACAUUUGAUGAAGACUAUUUUACACUUGUUAACAAAAGAAGAGGUCUCUUCCAAUCAGAUGCAGCUCUUCUUAACAACAAUGAGACUAGAGCUUAUGUUAUAAGCCAACUCUCAAACAGUAGUUCUACUUUCUUUACUGACUUUGGAGUUUCCAUGGUGAACAUGGGUAGAAUUGGCGUUCUUACUGGAACGGCUGGUGAAAUUAGGAAAGUUUGCGCUCUGGUUAACUAA